GGUGGGGGGUAAAAACACAGCGGUUCAGUUCGGGCUGUGUGUGUGCGCGCGCGCCAGAUCAGCUCCCGAAACCUGAGCGAGCGCAAGUGAGGCGGAUUUCUGUCAGAACAACAUGGCUACAAUUCCAACCUCGACGAGGUUUACGGAUGAAUACCAGCUUUAUGAAGAGCUCGGAAAGGGUGCCUUUUCUGUCGUCCGGCGAUGUGUGAAGAAAUCAACCGGGCAGGAAUAUGCUGCUAAAAUUAUCAACACAAAGAAGCUGACAGCAAGAGAUCACCAGAAAUUGGAGCGAGAAGCUCGGAUCUGCCGUCUGCUCAAACACCCCAACAUAGUGCGACUCCACGACAGUAUCUCAGAGGAAGGCUUUCAUUACCUUGUCUUUGACCUUGUCACUGGUGGAGAGCUUUUUGAAGACAUUGUUGCUAGAGAGUAUUAUAGUGAAGCUGAUGCCAGUCACUGCAUUAAUCAGAUCCUGGAGAGCGUGAGCCACAUUCACCAGCAUGACAUUGUGCACAGGGACCUGAAGCCAGAGAACUUGCUGUUGGCCAGUAAGAUGAAGGGGGCAGCGGUGAAGCUGGCUGACUUUGGGCUGGCCAUUGAGGUGCAGGGGGACCAACAGGCCUGGUUUGGUUUUGCCGGCACUCCUGGCUAUCUCUCCCCUGAGGUUCUGAGGAAGGACCCGUAUGGCAAGCCUGUUGACAUUUGGGCAUGUGGUGUGAUCUUGUACAUCUUGCUGGUGGGCUACCCCCCAUUCUGGGAUGAGGACCAACACAAACUCUACCAGCAGAUCAAAGCAGGAGCUUAUGAUUUCCCCUCUCCAGAGUGGGACACUGUUACUCCAGAGGCCAAAAACCUCAUCAACCAGAUGCUGACCAUCAACCCGGCUAAGAGGAUAACUGCUGACCAGGCCCUGAAGCACCCAUGGGUCUGCCAACGCUCCACUGUGGCUUCCAUGAUGCAUCGCCAAGAGACUGUCGAGUGUCUGCGCAAAUUCAAUGCCAGAAGAAAACUGAAGGGGGCCAUUCUGACCACCAUGCUUGUGUCAAGAAACUUUUCUGCAUGCAAAAGUUUACUGAACAAAAAGUCUGAUGGCGUGAAGCCACAGACAAACAACAAUAAAAACAGUGUAGUAAGCAGCAGCACCAAAGACAGCAGCAUAUCAUCCACAGCACCAAUGGAACCACAGACCACUGUCGUGCACAACCCAGCCGACGGCGUCAAGGGGUCCAUGGAGAGUUGUAACACUACAGAAGAGGAGGACAUGAAAGGUAGGAAAGAUGGCAGGGUUAACAGUGACAGUGCAGUAUUCAGCCAAAGCAGUGCAUCUGAGGAGCCACCUCCUCCCCUGAUCCCACCUCUCACCAAUACUCAGCAUAAUGCAAAGCGCAUGGCAUGGAGCAGUAGAGGGCAGAGCUCAUGCCCUGCUGUACCUGUCCCAGCUUCCAUGGCAGCAGCGGGGGGCAGCAGCUCACGGCAGUCGCGCAAGCAGGAAAUCAUCAAAAUUACGGAACAGCUGAUUGAAGCCAUCAAUAAUGGGGACUUUGAGGCUUAUACGAGAAUCUGUGAUCCUGGUCUUACCUCCUUUGAGCCUGAGGCACUGGGCAAUCUAGUGGAAGGCAUGGACUUCCACAAGUUCUACUUUGAGAACCUCUUGAGUAAGAAUAGCAAGCCAGUGCACACCACAAUCUUAAAUCCUCACGUGCAUCUGAUUGGAGAGGAUGCAGCCUGCAUCGCUUACAUCCGCCUGACUCAGUACAUUGACAGUCAGGGCCGCCCCCGCAGCUGCCAGUCAGAGGAGACGCGCGUGUGGCACCGCCGUGAUUCCAAGUGGCUCAAUGUGCAUUUCCACUGCUCAGGAGCACCUGCUGCCCCUUUACAAUGAACUACACCAGGCACAGCUUGCCUGGAUGAUUGGAGCAUGUCUUCUCAGUGGUCGGAUUGGUGCCAGGGGCCCGGCCGGAAGAGAAAACAUAAGGGGGAAAAAAUUACACAACGCAGUAAAAAACAAAAAAAAAUUUAAAGCCAGCUGAGGCCAGCACCACUUCAGUCCAACCGUAGCUAGACGUGGGGGCCGGCGAUGGCAGCGGCCCCGCCCUCCGAAUGCUGCAUGCUUCUAAUGCCCACAGGGGGCGCUGUCUCGUCCUUUACCCAUGAGCCCAUCUCUUCUGCCCGUCGUACAGCAAGAGUGUUUCAAGUAUUAAUAUGUUGUAAAUUUUUGAGAUUGUCAAUCCUCACACCGUUAACAGGGCUGAAAGUGAUGGAGGUUUAAAAUCAGAAAUGUGAAUUUUUCAAGGGAAGCCCACUUUUUCAGUGGCUGGUGGUGUUUUCUUUUUUGUUAAUAUGUUUAUAGCUGAUUCCAGCAAACCAAUGGUAUGGGUGGGAUAUUUGAGGAGCUAAAAUAAAUUCUUAAUAUCAGAAGAAAAUAUCACCAAAGUGUAGAAUUUAGACUUUGACAAGUUGUUUUAGCAAUCCUUUGAUUCAGUUGAAAAUUGGAGGGAGUGUAGGAAUGUUUUUAGUAUCUUGUAGGAUUUCUUUUUUUUUUUUUUUGGUGUACCUCUGUUUUUAAUCUCCUGAAUGAUGCUGUAUUUGUGUUUUUCAAAAAAUCAGAUUUUUAAAAACAAGGCACGUUCAAUAUAGUUGUACACUGAUAUUUAUAGAGGGAAAGGAAAGAGCAAGGGUGUUUGUAUGUGAUGCGGUCUAACUUGGCACUCAUUGCUUCGUUGUGCUUUCAGAAGCCUGUGUAUACACACGCGCACACGGGCACACACAUGCCUAAAACCCUGACGCACGCUCAGUCAGUUUACUCACCUGCUUGUCUGUUUGCAGCUGUAUAACGUCCUACUUGUUAGAACCUGAAGUUUCAGAACACUCGCUUCACUUUAUUAGCGUGUUCAUAAUCUCGUUCUGACCAGCAGGAGGAGCUUAAACACUAUUCACCUCAUCCUGGCCCUCACAUCGCUUCUUCUCUCUCGCACACGUUUGGAUCAGCUUCCUAGAGCUCCGGUUAUAUGUGCUUCUACUUUUUCUAGACUCUUAUGACGCAUGUUUGAAUUGAAUAGAAAUGGCCUGUACUGUUUUGCACACAAGCCUGAGACGCUGUGCUGUUGUGUUCACGUUGCGUGGACUUUUCUGCAACUUCAGGUUAGAAAAUCCUUCCCCAAGGGCCAGUCCAUAGACCGACCCCGACACCAGUCCAUAGCUGGUCUGCACUCCCUCCAUGCGUGUGUUUGUGUGUGUCUGCACACUGCCUGUGGUGUUCUGUUUGUGACGUACUGUCUGUUCUUCCACUCCCUGUUCCGUCUCCGGACUCACUGUGAGUGACGCUCGAGCAUGUUUAAUAGACAAAAGGGAGUGCGAGAUGGAUUAACUGGUGAUCAUGACUCAGCCGAGUUGAGAAUGGAGGUGGUGAUCAUGCUAAAGGCACUUGGUUUGUAGGUCCUGUUGUGACACUUUGUGUUGUACUGUUAAUGUGAGUGUUGAUGUUUAUUCUGGAUCAUAUAUUUUUUAAACUGUAAAUACGUAUACAGUGCCCAUUUGUAGAUGAAGGGUGGAGCCUAGGCUGUGCCACAUGUGCACAUCAUCUCCAUCCGUCCACUGUCCUUGUGUUUACACACACCCAAACACGCACCUAGAGACACUCCAUCAUGCACUGGUAAAAUGAAUCAUGUUGUAAAUGCAAAUUGUCAUGUGUAGGUUUUGACACUGGUGUGGCUGUGUUACUGCUCAAACGUGCUAUCUGUGUGUAUAUCUGUGCGGCAUCAUCUGUGUGAUACCUUUUCACUGUAAUGUAGUUUUAGGUAUGAAUGUUAGUGACUUAAAAAGGGGCAAGGCUUAUAGCCAGACCUCUUCACCUUGUUCUAAACAAUUCUGCUUAUUCAUCACACAUCACAGACUGGACGGGGAAAGAGAAAAAGAGAGAGAAAUCACACAGAGCUUAACACACCAGAGAGUACACAGCGCAGCACUGUGACACCCACCACCCCAUCACACUGUGUUCCUGUUUUGCGCCUUGGUGCAGUGUGUGUGUGUGUAUACAGUCCCAGUGUGAUGUUUUGGGUCUCUGUGGUGUCUCUUCUGAGGCCCGUUUUUGUGCGUCCACACAGCCAUGCGGAAUUUUUUUUUUUUUUAAAUGUAAAACACCACAGCCCGGUUUAUUCCAUAUUGAAUAUAAAAGCAGAAAACCUAUCGAAUUAAGGAGAGAAACAGAUGACGAUGUUUGUUAUAGGAAAAGAUGCCUGUUAGACAUUGUGUGUGUUUAGCUUGCAAAAAUGAGGGCGAGCUUUGAUAUGCUGAAAUAGCUCCAACAGGCCGCUCACUUUUAACAACCAAACCAUAUAUGCAGUUGGACAGAAGGAGGAAAAUAUGCAUGUCUACUCUGGUAAUAUUUUUCACUGUCUGUGUUUACUGAAAAAUGGAAAAUCUAUCUAUAUCUAUCUAUAUGUAUGUUACCUGCAUUCUCAAGAUAAUUGAAAAUGGCUCUGUUUCAAAUGCUAAAAUGAAGUGAUGUAUCACAAAAAAAGGACAAAAAACAUUAACGAAGCCUUGGCUUGGUAUGUUCCCCAGAUUCUAUUCAAUUUAUUGCAUUGUAACCAUACGAUGGUUCUACAUACCGUAUGACUAUACUCUGAGUUUUAAUUGGAUGCUGGAUUUUUUGCAUGAUCAUACAAUUAAUAAAACCAUUUAAAAAUGAAGAGUUUAAAAAAUAUCAAGUGUUUGUUUGAAUGUCUGUAGAUCUUCAUGAUAGCUUUGUUAUUAUUGAAACAUGGGAAAGUAUUUAAU